GGAGGGGAGGGAGGAGGAAGGGGGUGGGGGUAUCCCCAGCCCCCGGAUGAAAUAAAUUCAGGGAUACUAUCUGCUCACAUGUUCAACUUCAGAAGCCAAUGGGUAGAAAAGCUGCAUUUUGGAAUAAGCUAAUGAAAAGAAGGAAGAGAGGAAUGAGGAAAAUAAAGGCAAAGGAGAUAAAAAGAGAACUGAAGAAACGAAGAAAGAAAAGGAAAGAGAAGAGGAGAACACACAAAGUGGCUGUGGACCUAGAGGAUCAAUACAUAAUGGGAGCAUUUUUAGACAAGCCAAAGAUGGAAAAGCAUAAUGCCCAAGGGCAGGGUAAUGGGUUGCGAUAUGGGCUAAGCAGCAUGCAAGGUUGGCGAGUGGAAAUGGAGGAUGCACACACGGCUGUGAUCGGCUUGCCAAGUGGACUUGAAACAUGGUCAUUCUUCGCUGUGUAUGAUGGGCAUGCUGGUUCUCAGGUUGCCAAAUACUGCUGUGAGCAUUUGUUAGAUCACAUCACCAAUAACCAAGAUUUUAAAGGAUCUUCAGGAGCACCUUCUGUGGAAAAUGUAAAGAAUGGAAUCAGAACAGGUUUUCUGGAGAUUGAUGAACACAUGAGAGUUAUGUCAGAGAAGAAACAUGGUGCAGACAGAAGUGGAUCUACAGCUGUGGGUGUCUUGAUUUCUCCCCAACAUACUUAUUUCAUUAACUGUGGAGACUCAAGAGGUUUACUUUGUAGGAACAGGAAAGUUCACUUCUUCACACAAGAUCACAAACCAAGUAAUCCUCUGGAAAAAGAACGAAUUCAGAAUGCAGGUGGCUCUGUAAUGAUUCAGCGUGUGAAUGGCUCUCUGGCUGUGUCCAGGGCCCUCGGGGAUUUUGAUUACAAAUGUGUCCACGGAAAAGGUCCUACAGAGCAGCUUGUCUCACCAGAGCCUGAAGUCCAUGAUAUUGAGAGAUCUGAAGAAGAUGAUCAGUUCAUUAUUCUUGCAUGUGAUGGUAUCUGGGAUGUUAUGGGAAAUGAAGAGCUCUGUGAUUUUGUAAGAUCCAGGCUUGAAGUCACUGAUGAUCUUGAGAAAGUUUGCAAUGAAGUAGUUGACACCUGUUUGUAUAAGGGAAGUCGAGACAACAUGAGUGUGAUUUUGAUCUGUUUUCCUAAUGCACCCAAAGUAUCUCCAGAAGCAGUGAAGAAGGAGGCAGAGUUGGACAAGUACCUGGAAUGCAGAGUAGAAGAAAUCAUAAAGAAGCAGGGGGAAGGCGUCCCAGACUUAGUCCAUGUGAUGCGCACAUUAGCAAGUGAGAACAUCCCCAGCCUCCCACCAGGGGGUGAAUUGGCAAGCAAGCGGAAUGUAAUUGAAGCCGUUUACAAUAGACUGAAUCCUUACAAAAAUGAUGACACUGACUCUACAUCAACUGAUGAUAUGUGGUAAAACUACUCAUCUAACCAUGGAGUUUACCUUCACCUCCAAAGGAGAGUACAGCUCCACUUUGUUGAACCUUUUAACAUCCAUCCUCAACUUUAAGGAAAGGGACAUGACUUGGGUGAGAGUGAUCACACCAGAGAA